ACCGGCGCCAUUGUCGAAUGUAGAUAGUCGGUAUUCAAACUCGUGUACAGUAUGACGCGCGCUCCGUAAUUAUUUUAUUUAUUUAUCAAAUUAGAGUGCACUGUGAGUGUUAUGUGGACUGCGUUACGGUUGACGGAUUUUUAUGAAAUAAUCAGAUAAUAUCAACCGUGACAGUGAUGAAUCAUAGUCUAGUCAUAUUAAACAAUAAUUAAGAUGUCCGAGGAAAAAAGUUUAACCGAAGUUACCUCAGCUAGAGAAUAUUCACAUAAUGAGAACACGGGAGACAUGAACAAAAUUAACUCGCUUAAAUCAGAAUCAAAAGAAAUAGUAGCGCACUAUACUAAAGUGAGUGAUUCUCCGCCUGUAGAGAAAGUGAAGUUCGAAGGUUUAGAUGAUAAGGACAGUAUUUGUUCUGAUGAUUCUGAUGUUGAGAAAUCCCCACCAAUACCAGACGGUGGGUGGGGAUGGGUUGUAGUGGCUUCAGCUUUCCUUGUAUCAGCUUGCGCUGAUGGUUUAGCAUUUUCAUUUGGCUUACUACAUGAAGAGUUCACACAAUUCUUCGAGACGACACAAUCAAAGACAUCUUUAAUUGGCAGCCUUUUCAUCGCUACACCACUAUUAGCGGGACCAAUAAUGAGUGCCUUAGUAGACAGAUACGGAUGUAGAAUAAUGACCAUGAUUGCUGGAUUUAUGUCCACAAUUGGAUUCUUACUGGCUGCCAUAAGUAAUUCAGUUGAAAUGUUAUGUUUAACCUUCGGUUUUAUAAGCGGACUUGCCAUGGGUAUAUUGUAUGUGACAGCUGUAGUAGCAGUAGCAUUUUGGUUCGAUAAAAAAAGGAAUCUUGCCGUCUCUUUAGCUUCGUGCGGCAUUGGCUUCGGAACAUUAAUUUACUCGCCUAUGACGCAAUAUUUCCUUGAGAUUUAUGAUUGGAGAAACACCAUUGUAUUAUUGGCAGGAACCUUGCUUAAUAUGUGUGUUUGCGGGGCAGUAAUGCGAAACCCGGAAUGGCUUGAGAUCAAACAGAAAAGAGAACGCAGCUUAUCUAAAUCCAGAAGAUCGUCAAGUGCCGGAUCUGUUUCAUCCAAGUCUCUUGGCGGAGAAUCAGUUUAUUUAGAUGCCGAGGAACUAAAAACCUUACUGUCUAGUGGUAAGAGUCCAGAAUAUAUUUUGGCAACUUUAGCGGAAACCAUUGCUGAAGCAGAAAAAUUAGAAACUACUACCCAACUUAACGCUGAACCUAUAUACAGAAGAAUGCACUCUGCUAUUCACUUGCCAACUUUUGUACAAGGAAAAGAAAAGGUUCCACCAGAAGUAAUAGAAAAUUUAAUGGCAAACAAACAACUAUACAAUAUUAUACUACAAAAUUAUCCAGAUAUAUUGACACGAAGAAGAUCAGAAAUAAAUAUCAAUGCAGAAACUUCUACAGAGGAGACGUCUAAUGAACCAAAGGUGCCCGUACAAAUAAAAAUAAAAGUGCCGAAACAUGAAAGUGAAAACAAAAGUAAGACAGAAACCAACGCACAGGAAAAUAAGACUGAUGACGAAACUGCAAAACCCAAUGAUAUUACUAAAAAUAGUGCUAUUGAAAAACAAAGUCAAAACGUUAAAUCUAAAGAAAAAUCUCAACACACAUCGAAUAGAGACAACAAAACUGCUCACAUGACAAAUUGGUUUGCGAGGCAGAUUUCAACUGACCACCACUACCUAAAAGAUAUGCCUUUAUAUAGAAACACUAUUAUGUACCGUGGAGCGAUGAUGAAUAUUCCUAGGUAUAAAUUAAAAACAUCGUCUUUGCCCGAUAUUUAUAGAAAUUCCAUGUGGUCGAUUGGUUCAGAAUCUGAUGAUGAAAUGAAAUGGUAUCACCGUCUCUGGGAGACUACAAAAGCCACCUUUGACUUCCGGAUGUUCACAGAGUUCCACUUCCUCAUGUUCAACUUGUCCUCCUUGAUACUCUCAGUAUGGUUCAUUGUGCCUUAUUUCUUCCUGAAGUCUUACAUGACCGCGCGAGGGACAGAGGGUGGUGCUAUGAUGAUUAGCAUCAUCGGAAUUGCCAGUAGUAUUGGUAUUGUUGGACUUGGAUGGGCGGGAGACCAACCCUGGGUCCACGUGAUCAAGACAUACGCCGUAUGUCUCACUAUAUGCGGAUUGUCCGUUGCCGCUUACCCUUUAUUCAUCACCAAUUAUUGGGCCCUGGCUGUUAUAUCCACCAUAUUUGGCCUCUCCUUCGCCAGCUCCUACUCCUACACUCCUGCUAUACUGAUGGAGCUAAUUCCUAUAGACCAUUUCACCAUCGCGUAUGGGCUGAUAUUACUCAGUCAAGGCAUCGGACAUUUGGUUGGACCGCCAAUUGGAGGCAUGCUCUACGACCUGACAGGCUCUUGGGAUAUGACCUUCUACAUCGGUGGUCUGUGGCUGGUCAUCUCAGGUCUGUGUGUGGCCGUGAUCGCCUACACGAAGAAUGUCCGCAUGUGUGGUAGUGCGCCCUUACUUAAGGAACUCGAAGAAACAGAGAAGACUGCGAACGGAAUUGAUGUCUGAAUAAUUUAAUUGUAUGCUAAAAAUAUAUUUUAAAAUAAAAAAAUAAA